UUUUUUUUUUUUUUUUUUUUUUUUUUCUUCCUCCUUCUUUCUUUCUUUAAAGUGGGCAAACCGCGCAAAAGAAUAAGAGACGUCCUCGGGGCGAUGACAGGAUGCCUCCUUCUCGAUCAGGACGCGUCUACGAAGGACCACCGUCUAGGAUCGCCGUUAAAAUCGGACCCACUAUCGCCCUGUUGCUGAUUCUCUUCGAGAAUCGUCGCGCGACCUGCUUAAUGAGCAAUUCCGUGGACGAUUGGGUAAGCGGUAAUGCCGUGGUCUGCAAAGGUAUUCCAGGGAUGACGAAGGAACAGCGCGAGCUAUGCCACAGAAAUCCGGACGUGACGGUGGCCGCGAUCAAAGGUCUGCAAAUGGCGAUAUCCGAGUGUCAGCAUCAAUUCAUGUGGCACAGGUGGAAUUGUUCAUCCUUGACGCCUAGUAGCAGGACGCAGCAGAGCAGCGUCCUCCUUCAGAGAGGUUACAGGGAGACUGCGUUCGCGUUCGCGAUUUCCGCAGCCGGGGUGGCGCACAGCGUGGCCCGGGCGUGCAGCAUGGGACGGUUGCUCUCCUGCGGAUGCGACCCGUCGAGUUACAAGGGUAAGCCGCCUUCCAAGGCCAGGGGCACGCAAUGGAAGUGGGGCGGGUGCUCGCACAAUCUCGACUACGGCAUGGAGUUCUCGAGACAGUUCCUAGAUACGCGCGAGAGGGCCGGGGAUAUACAGUCGACGGUCAAUCUUCACAACAAUCAAGCUGGCCGCUUGGCGGUGGCCAGCAAUAUGCAAGUGCGAUGCAAGUGCCACGGUAUGUCGGGUUCCUGCGAGCUCAAGACUUGCUGGAAAGUGGCGCCGGAUUUCCGAAUAGUCGGGAAGACGCUCAAGGAUCGAUUUCGCAACGCUGUGCUGGUGGCGCAAAGCAACCUGGGCAGCGUGACGCCGUUGACCAGAGUGAGAGGAUCGCGGAGAAGGAGACCGGAUCGGCAGAGGCAGAGGAAACAUCGCGGUGGAUCGGGCGGGAAUGGGCGCAAGAGGAGGCCUCGGGAUCUCGCCAAGCAGCUGUUUUAUUACCAAAAAUCGCCAAACUUUUGCGAGAGAGAUCCAAGCGCGGACAUCCCUGGAACAGCGGGGCGUAGAUGCAACAAGACCAGCUCAGGUGGGGACGGGUGCGGCAACCUGUGUUGCGGAAGAGGUUACAACGUGGUGAGACAACGACGGGUCGAGAGGUGCAAAUGCAAGUUUCAUUGGUGUUGCAUCGUGCAAUGUCAGAACUGCACUGUGGAAGAGUGGAUCACUGUUUGCAAGUGAAAAGCAAUCGAAUGGAGAUGUUGGGGGAAGGGAAGGGAGGUAUCUUGUAUUUUUCGCGUGUCUCGAUGGAUCGAAACGAACGCGAUAAAUGACGAAUUGAUCCGAACGAACAUGAGCAGAAUCGCGUGUAAAUAACGCUUGAUACACGGAUUAAAUCGGAUCAAGGUACGAACGGUAUUUCCGAGUCCAAUCUGAUUACCACUUGGAGUCGUCGUUAUCGAAGUCUCGUCGUUAUCAAGAAUCGUUGCAUUAGUAAUCAAUAGUAAAAGGAUGGAUGGAUGGAUGGAUGGAUAGAUGGAUGGUUGAUCGGUAUAAGUAUCGAGUAUCGAAGGGAACGAGAAUCGAAAUCGAAACGGAUUGACGCUUAACGCGAAUGAGUCAGAGAUCUGUCGAGACGGAAACGUGAGUGAGUCGACGAACGUAUUGGAAAGAGCGUGAGUCAAAGAGCGGCACUCGCGAAAACGGCCUCGAUACGAAGAUUAGCCGUGAGAGAUCGAGUCGACACCGAUUCGGUCAUCGUAUUUCUAUUCACGCUUCUAGUACGCGUUAUCGGGACACACGUAACGCUCGUGUAACACUGGCGAUCGCGCGCACGAGCGACGCAACGUGGCUGGAAAAAGACAAUGUAAUUGUUCUUUUCUUAAUAAUCGCGCGACUAAUUGUAACUUAAUUUAACCGGUAGAUUAAGCGGGCCAAUAAUUUAUUUAUAACGUUGCCUCUAUUUAAUUAGUAGAUAUAUAAUUUGAAUAUUCACAGCAAGUGUAAACACCUCCGUCACAGUAUUAUUAGAGGAAGCAAUGUGCGUGUGUAUAGAGAUAUUUCGGGAUGGAUGCGAUUGUAUACAAUUUAAUAAUGCGCGUACAAUAAAGAGUUCCUUUGAUCGAUAAUCGCAAACCCAUUUGUACGUCUGUUCUCUCUUCUCUUCUCUGCAGCCUCGAUCGCGGGAGAAUCGCGCCUCGAAUCGAUCGCUGUCCGAUUAUAAUCGAUUACAGUCACGACAGGACGACUAUACGAAUCCCGCGUGAUUCGCGCGCGAGGAUCGCUCGUGAAAUCUCGUAACUCUUUCGAACUUUAUUUUCGGAUGACCAUUGCCAUACCAUACUCUGUAUUCUAUGUAUUCUCGUGGAUAGUUAGUCGUUCGUCGUUUCGUUCGACCUUCUUUUUUCCAUCGAUCGAACGAUAAAUUGUCUCGCGUUAAAACCUUGGAAAAAUCUGUGUCAAUUCCACUUACAUGCCAAGCGAAAGAAAAAGAAGAAAAAAAAAAAGAAAGAAAGAAAAAAA